AUGAUUUUGAAACCAGGAGUAUCUAGGGCAUUGUUUCCUAAACUUCCUCUUAAAUGUAUCGGAAGAUUUGCCGGGGGUGUUUUUCGCGCUAGACGCGGUCUACCACCGUCGAAUGAAUGGGGUCCUCUUACUGAUCUUCCGGAUUAUUCCUUUCUUGAUGGUAGAGUUCCAAAGGUGACCACAGUUGGUCAACGAAUGCGCUUGAUUAAGCAGUAUGAAAUGACGAAGCAGAUAGUGACACUUUCUUCCGAACUAAACGAAGCAAAUAAGAGGCUUUUAGAAAAACAAGACGAGGAGACCAGACGGAUUAAAGCUCUUUCUGAAUCACCUCUUAAAAAGAAGGGUUCAGAGAAGUUGGUGUAA